AUGGAAAGAAACGACGACACUUUGCACCCUUCGCAGCGCCAGCAGACUGACCAAAGGGGAACGCCAAUGCGGCUAGCCGCCGUGCACCCACACAGCAACCUCCACACAGAGCACAUGGAGCACAUGGAGCACACGCGCAGCAGCUUGCGGCGACAGAGAUCAUCUUCAUCACAUAUGCAGGUACCGGUCGCCUUCAGCGUCACGCUGCCGCCGCCGUGUCUCGACUCAGAGCACAGCAAGGAUAUCCUACCACCGCCGGCAGCCUAG